CAACUAUUCAUAUCAAAUAGAGAGCAACCUGCCAUAAAAUACACGCUGCCGUAGCUGCUAAAUGCAUGACGUGCGCUUAACACUAUUCAUCUCAUCUCACAAGAGUGAGAUACCCAAGCUCCAUUUUUUCCCUUGAGAUCUCCUUCCUUUUAUCUCUCUCCUCAAUUCUCUCUCACCAGAUCCCUAAUUUUCAUUCUCAUUCUUCAAUUUCCUCAAUUUACUAGCAAAUAUAGUCCGAACGCCAUGAUUUCUUCUAGCAAGCUCAAAUCCGUCGAUUUUUAUCGAAAAAUUCCCAGAGAUUUAACAGAGGCAUCAUUGUCAGGUGCAGGAUUGUCCAUAGUAGCUGCCCUUGCCAUAAUUUUUUUGUUUGGGAUGGAGCUAAGCAGUUACUUGGCCCUCAGCACCUCAACAUCUGUGGUAGUUGACAAGAGUCCUGAUGGAGAAUUCUUACGCAUUGAUUUCAAUAUGAGCUUUCCAGCACUCUCUUGUGAAUUUGCUUCUGUGGAUGUGAGCGAUGUGUUGGGGACGAACAGGUUGAAUAUAACCAAAACAAUCCGCAAGUUUUCAAUAGAUUCGCAUUUGAGACCAAUAGGCCCUGAGUUUCUAUCCGGAGCCACUACAAAUCUCAUUAAGCACGACGAUGAUGGUGAGGAAGACUAUGGUGAAGGUUCCCUUGUUUUAAAUGGGCAAAAUUUUGAAAGAGCCGCACAAGAGCAUGAUAUUUUGGUAGUUAAUUUUUAUGCUCCAUGGUGCUACUGGAGCAAAAGACUGAAACCUUCAUGGGAAAAGGUAGCGAUGAUCAUGAGAGAGAGACAUGACCCAGAAGCUGAUGGGCGUAUACUUUUGGGGAAAGUUGACUGCACUGUACAAGUUGAUUUGUGUAGGAGGCAUCAUGUGCAAGGAUAUCCAUCUAUCAGAGUUUUCCGUAAAGGAAGCGAUGUGAAGAAUGAGCAUGGACAUCAUGAACACGAAUCUUACUAUGGGGAUCGUGACACUGAUACUCUUGUUAAGUUUAUGGAAUCUCUGGUUUCAGCAAUCCCAUUGGGAAACCAAACUCUGGCUCUCGAAGAUAAAUCUAGCAAUAAGACUCAGAACAUAAAGAGGCUAGCACCACCUUCAGGUGGCUGUAGAAUUGAAGGAUUUGUCCGUGUUAAGAAGGUUCCUGGAAACCUUAUUGUCUCUGCUCAUUCUGGAUCACAUUCAUUUGAUUCAUCUAAGAUGAACAUGUCUCAUGUCAUUACCCACCUUUCAUUUGGUAAGAGAAUUUCACCCAGGGUUAUGACUGAUGUCCAAAGGAUCAUACCUUAUCUUGGUGCAAGCCAUGAUCGAUUGAGUGGUAAAUCAUAUAUCAACCAAGACGAGGCCUCAAAUGCAAUGGUUACAAUUGAGCAUUAUCUUCAAGUGGUAAAAACAGAAGUGCGAUCACCUAACGAACAUACAUUGUUAGAGGAGUAUGAAUAUACUGCACACAGUAGUUUGAUUCAGAGUCAUGACAUCCCAGUCGCCAAAUUUCAUUUUGAGCUCUCUCCCAUGCAGGUGUUGAUAACAGAAAAUCCCAGAUCUUUUUCGCACUUCCUUACCAACAUUUGUGCUAUUAUUGGGGGUGUUUUCACGGUAGCCGGGAUCUUAGAUUCAAUUCUGCACAACACAAUGCGGCUGAUAAAGAAAGUUGAGUUAGGCAAAAAUUUUUGAUAGGAAAGUGAGUUUAUCUCUCUUUUUAUCCCUGUGGCGGAGUAGGCUCUAGUGUUGCAGAUGCACAGUCUUCCUCAUUGCUCGAACAUUUGGAAUUCAGGUGUAGAAAUAUUGAUUUUGCAGCAGGCUACAAACAAUGUGUAUAGGAAUGAUCGACAAACAUCUGGAGUUCUGGACUUCUCUAUCUCUCUUUUCUUUUGAGAAAUUUCAUGAAUUCCCUAAGACACACGGUCGCUUUGAUUGCUCUAGAAUUUAUGAAUUAUUCAAAUUUUACCUUAUUGGUAAUGAAAAAUAAUGUACGCAGAAUCUAGUGGAAUUGGAGCUCCACAUCUUUUGGCUUGCAUAGGGAGAUCUGAAACCUUUCAGAGAGUUCUUCCCAUGUCCUUAAAACAGACUUGUCGUAGAUUACAAACAGAUACAUUAUCUAUAUUAUAAAAAAAACUCUCCUAAGCUUUAUUUUAGUUUUGCCGAAGCUUUAUUUUCUAGAGCAGGUCCGCCAUUCUAUCUAGAGGACUGCCAAGGCUACCCUGUUGUACUAGUCGCAAUGUUUGUUUACAGCUGAUAUUAUAAUUUUGCUACACCAAGGUCGUCAUUGCGGAUUUGCGGACA